AACUAAGCAACCGUUUGUUGUUGGCUUCCUGUCAGCUUUAUUCAGACACAUGCAGUCAUAAAGGGCUUCUUAGUACAUCGAGUAAAACUAGGACAGAAUUUCUUAAAGGCAUUCUUCAAUUCUUAAAUGUUCUCUUAAACUGAACUUUGGCAGGAUUGCAGUUUUGUAUUAAAUGAUCGCGAGUAAUGAAGAUGCAAUAAUCAGAAAAGGAGAUAACUUCCGGAAACCCGAGGAACCUCCCAGUACGUCAGUGGUGAGAAAUGCUGCAGGACAGAAAUACUAUCUGGGGGUCGGAGGAGCCCAGCAGAGACUACGGCAGACGCCACUUCACCGAAACCCGCGGUCGGGAGGCGGUUUACAAGCCGCACAUACGGCACAUACAGCCAAACUACACCCAGAGCGAUUGGCGCAUCAUCCGUCUGACUUGCAGAUGCGACCUUGACUGGAAGUCCCGUCUCCGCCGGCUGCCGCAGCCCCGCUACGGCGACGCUCCGUUUCCCCACAUCAAAGCCAUUAAAUUCCCCGAAGAGAUCAGGCUGCUGAGGUCUUUUCCUAACGCCAAUAUGGUCUCCCGUUCCGAAUGGACUUUCUACCCCAACCUCGGCCACGCCGCCCCCUUCCAUGAGGGUAAGCGCUGCCUGUUUGAUGGGACGCACCACCGCAGAAGCAUGAGGAGCCACUCUCACACCACCCUGGAGUCAGUGAUGGGCCAGAAGAAAAGGGGGGAGCGAGAAUCCAGCAGACACCCAGCUGAGGCUCCAAAGCCAUAUCUGAGCCCCGAAUACACUACAGACUUCCACAAAUACGGCUCUACGCUCCCAGCUAUAGGUUUCGGGUCCCGGGCUACCCUGAAGGCAGACACCUUCAUUGCUCUGUCUCCUCCACUGGCCCCAGCAUGUGUGUCUUAUGUGGAGAAGGAGAGGAUUAAACAGCGAGAGGCGGAUAUCCUGGAGGUGAAGCAACUGAACGAAUGGAAUCCAGCAGCAUCCAUCUUCGACUUGUGACUUGUGCGAUGACCAAGAUAAGAUGUAGCAACUCUGACUUGUCAAGAGGACUGUGUGGCAGGCGGAUAGAGGGACAGUAUGUGUGUGAUUUUAGGACAUAAGAAACACGUAUAAAAAUAAAUUAUGUGUGUGAUCGUUAUAUGAAAAUUUCGAGUUGAAAGAUUGACAUCUUACUAUCCAAGAGACGAUGUGGGUGGUAAGUGUGUAAAAGGGAAAGAAAUGCGUGUAUUACAGAAACUCAACACAAUGCUUUCUUUUUCAAUUCGAUUGUUGAGAAAUACUUACUUUAUCCACGAGCCAAGUGACAAAAACACCGUUAGCCAAUGAACCUCCAUUCUGCUUUGCGGGCUGAACAGCAACCCAAAAUUUGCCAUAAUUGAUCAUAACAAGCAUAAAUAGCAAAAUGGGUGCGUGAUGUUUUCAUUUAUCUUCUAACUGCUAACCCAGUUCGGGCACUUUGGGGAGCCUGCGACCCCUCCCAGGAAGGCGAGGGCACAAGGCAGAGGAACGCCUUAAAUGGUAUGCCAGUCCAUCACAGGGCACAUGCACACAUUAUGGGCAAUUUUAGAGACAUCAUUUCAGUAAAUGGCAUGUCUUCAGAUUUUGGGAAAAUAUCAAGAGGAAACUCGAGGAGAGCGUGCACUCCUAGGCAAAAAAUGAGCCACAUCCAAAUUGCACAACAUUAAGCUUUGUACGAGCUCCAUACCCAGGGGCAGCAUUUUACCCCAUAAGGUGAUGGACAACCAAAUAAAAUAAGAAACCAUCAUUGCUAGAGGCUAUUAUUUUGGGAACGCUUACGAAAUUCUAUUUCUUUUCGGUGGUUUGCAAAAAACGUGAAGGAAAGAAGCGAUUGAUUGUCAUGACAUUCAAUACCAGGUGUUUGCAACAUCCAGUAAACCACAGCCCCUUAAAUCUCCCAAGGUCCCUUUGCCAGUGUAUUUCUGCGAAUGGUCUCCAGUCCCUCAGGACUCCGAAAUGUGCACAAUGAGGCCUUUGUGGGGGAUGCGUUUAGUGACGCAAUAAUCACUUAAUGAGCUCAAAAGAGGAUGUCGUCCAUGAUUUAGUGGGGUUGCCCGAUGUAGCUUUUUCUAAACUGCUGCAUUUAAAAUUAAACCAGAGCAAAACGUUAACAAAAAUAGUACAUUAAGUCAAGGGCAUCUCUGAAACAAUAACAUCAGCAUUAGCUUGCGAGUAAAAUUCAGAGAGUCUGGCCCUGGUUGUGAAGCGAGGGAAUUAGCCCGUUAGUUUCCCUUUCAGGCGUGGUCAUGGAAACAGACUGACGACUGGCGAAUCUCUGGGCAACCACUGACUUGCUGAUACUCGCAUGCACAUGCACACUCGCACAAAUGCAGAUGUACGCAGCCCUGCCGGUCCACAAAGACACACAUAUAACUGAAGUUUGUUUCUGCUGGAAGACAACAUGUCUGUUGGGAGCAGACCAUGCUUCCAGACUGGAAUCUCUCAAGACUGUAAUGGCAUAACUUUCCAUGU